AACUACAAAUAUUUUUCAUUUCUUUUCGUGUCUUCAUUUUCCUUUCCUAAUCAGUUAAUCAAGAAAAUCAGGAGAUGAACUGAUAAUCAAAGUAAAAGUGAAUAAUAAUCAUUAAUUUUGGCAGGAAUUUAAAAUGCUGGGGGUCAGACCUAUCUCAAGACAAAGAAAAUCAACAAGUCCUCUCUGCUGUUGAUCAGCUAUUUGAUUAAUUGUUUAUUGACAGAUUAAUUGGUAGAGCAGCAGCUGAGGCUCUGGUAAGAAAUUGUGCAGGAAAAUGUUCACAGUGUGUACCAGUUAAUGAAGUGGGCUAAUCCAGACGUGGUGCAAAAGAUAACAUUUAUGUCUUAUGCAACAUAGCAAUUUGAGAAACCAGUGCUGAGUUUCAUGUUUGCAUCUGUUCUGUGGGCUGUAAAUUUAGGUGCAGCUAAAGAGGGUCCCAGAUACAGUACCAGUCAGUACCUGUGAACCCCCUGCCCUCCCUGCACACCUCCCUAACUGCCAAGUCCCUGCAGUUAAUACUCAAAUCAAUUCCCUUCUUAGGCAAACACAUUAGUUAUAUUUGAGGAGACAUGGCUGGUCAUCUACAAGCUCUACAUGUGCACUUAAGCACCAUUCUGAGGUACUUGGGCUUAAAUUUAGUAUCACCCUUUAUACUUCUCCACAAUGUUUUACUUUUUCUACAUAUUAAAGGAUCAGUAAUAAUUCUACAUUAUAACACUGCAAGGGGUUAUUCAGUACUUUUAGUACUUUUGAAACUUCGAUUACAAUUUGCUAAAAAAAAAAAAAAAAAAAAAAAAAAAGAAAAGAAUGCACAAUAUUUAUUUGUGUGGACAUUUUUAAAAAGUUUGCAAACUGCCUUUCAUUCUUAAAAUCUGGUAUGAUAUGGGUUUUUAAUCUGCGCCUGUAAGACAUCAAUUGAUGUUUUCCGUCUAGAUUUAAUCCUAUCUGUGUUUUGCUCCCGGGUCUGACAGCUGUAUCCAUAUCCUGAAUUGUCAGCCAGAGGGACGUUAAUUAAGUCAUGAGGCGGGUCUUCCCCCUCUGAGCCGAAAUAGCGCGUGUAACCAACUCGGAAAAACUUCGCCACCCACAGACUUGACCGCGCGCCACGUCCAGGGUCCGACCAGCCGGUGAUUAAUUAUUGACCAGGGGACGCACAACAAGUCCGCAACCAACUUCAGUGGGUCUGGACUCCUCUUCGUUCAGCGCUGACCUGACCUGAGACGACCAUGAGCUGCCAUUUGGACCUCUUCGGUACCGGGGCUGAGUCGUGAUUGUUUGCAGCAGGAGUGAGGCGACAGCUGGUGUGUGCGUGUGUGUGUGUGUGUGUGUGUGUGUAGGGGGGGACACGAUGUUGUUCUGGCAGCCCUACACUGAAAACUUCCGAACCCCCGUACAGAGACACAGCAGCAGUUACACACGUUUGUAGAUGUAUUGUAGUUCCUGGAGGCACAGACAGCACAGCUACAGUUGGACACAAUGACGGCAGCUCGGAGGUCUCUGAUUGGCUAAUCCCUCUGCGCUGGGCACAGGAGGCGGCCUCUGAUUGGCUGACCGCCGUCUUGGCAUCCUUCCUGAGGCUGGCGGUGGUAGCCCCGCAGGCUUCACAGACCGACAGUUUGUACGCUGAAGGAGCCAUGUUGAUGCCUGGUUUUGUGUCAACCGCUGCACUUUGGAUGGUUAAAGGACUGCGCCACAAGGACCGGGAGCCUUAGCGGUGAUUCCUGCACCGCGAUGAGAAGAGGAGAGCGGGUUGGGAUGGUACAGGGAGCGCCAGAAGAGAACAGCUCUUAGGUCGCCGGACACAACACAGUCGAUUGGGAGCCAGUGAAGUUGAUGCUAGUUAGCUUGAUAGCUUGAUAGCAACAGCUGUGCGGACGCUGCGUGGGAUGCGGCGUGUGGACUGAAACAACACCAUCCUCUCUGUUUGUUGCAUUUAGUUGAGCUAACAUUAGCCAGCCUGCUUAACGACUAUGUGCUUGGGGUAACAGCGGCGCUGCUGAAUUCAUGCUAGCCUGCUUAAGUUGCCAUUGUGACGCUAGCUAGCUGUUAGCUAACGUUAGCAUGCUGACAAUCAGCUCGCAUCUUCAGUCACGACUAACAUUUGCUAGCUGAGUGGAUCCUAACUUAUCGUUACUUUCAGACAGUCUGCCAGUCGUGGAGCAGUGUGUUGCGUGUCAAAAGACCCAGAAAAACCCUGAGUGGAGAUAUGGCGAUACACCCAGUCUCUGUGGAAAGCUACCAGUUCGCCUGCCCAGCUUGCCAAGGAGCGGCUAGCGGGCUAGCAGCAUAACUUUCCUCUCACGGCGUCACCCAGAAGCUGCAGAGCCCACUUCCUCGCUAGCCGACCUCUCGUACCUGAAGCAAGCUGGCGGCCCUCCGAGUAGAAGCCGAGGACAAGGAGCUGGGGCCGAUGGCCUGGGUUCUGAAGAUGGACGACGCCACCAUCGAGUCGGGGCUGGUGCACGACUUCGAUGCCAGCCUGUCCGGCAUCGGGCAGGAGCUGGGGGCUGGAGCCUACAGCAUGAGCGAUGUGCUGGCUCUGCCAAUCUUUAAGCAGGAGGACUCCAGCCUUCCUCCCGAAAAUGAGACCAAAAAUCCCCCAUUCCAGUAUGUGCUGUGCGCUGCCACCUCGCCUGCUGUCAAGCUACAUGACGAGACGCUCACAUACCUGAACCAAGGCCAGUCUUAUGAGGUGCGUAUGUUGGACAACAGGAAGGCGGGGGAGUUACCAGAGAUCACCAACAAGAUGGUGAAGAGCACAGUGCGAGUGGUGUUUCAUGACCGCCGGCUGCAGUACACAGAGCACCAGCAGCUGGAGGGCUGGAAGUGGAAUCGUCCUGGCGACCGUCUCCUUGACAUCGAUAUCCCCAUGUCAGUGGGCAUUGUGGAGCCUAAAACUCACCCCUCCCAGCUCAACGCUGCAGAGUUCCUGUGGGACAUGGACAAAAGGACUUCUGUUUUUGUGCAGGUGCACUGCAUCAGCACGGAGUUCACUCCCAGGAAACACGGCGGAGAGAAAGGUGUCCCCUUCAGGAUCCAGAUCGACACGUUCGCCCAGGGAGACAGUGGAGAUUACACAGAGCACCUCCACUCUGCCUCCUGCCAAAUCAAAGUCUUUAAGCCAAAGGGGGCGGACCGAAAGCAAAAGACAGACAGGGAGAAGAUGGAGAAACGCACAGCUCAAGAGAAGGAAAAGUACCAGCCCUCUUAUGAUACCACUAUCCUGUCAGAGACGAGGCUUGAACCCAUCAUAGAGGAUGCGGGUGACCACGAGCUGAAAAAGUCCAGCAAGCGGACACUUCCCGCUGACUGUGGCGACUCCUUGGCCAAGAGAGGCAGUUGCUCCCCAUGGCCAGACAACGCCUACGUCAGCACCAACCAGGCAGCUACUUCCUCCUUCACCUCCACCCCGCUGUCCACCUACACAACCUCCUCAGUUCCGGACAGUGACUCGUCCUCACCCAAUCACCAGGCAGACCCUGGCAGCCAUGGCAACUCAGAGCUGAGCCCCACUGCAUCCAUACAGGACGCACAGAAGUGGCUGCUGAAAAAUCGCUUCAGCUCCUACACACGGCUCUUCUCUCACUUCUCAGGUUCUGAUUUGUUGAAGCUAACCCGGGACGACCUGGUCCAGAUUUGUGGGCCAGCAGAUGGGAUCAGACUCUUCAAUGCACUUAAAUCCAGGUCAGUGUGUCCCAGGUUGACAGUGUACGUCUGUCAGGAGUCCCCUCGGGAGAGCCCCCUGCUGGAGAGACACAGCACCAGUGAAAAUGGAGAGCACAGCAUCUCCUCUAGUUUACGCGUGUACCACGCUCUGUACCUAGAGGAGCUGACAGCUGCAGAGUUGAUCCGCAAGAUGGCGUGUGUGUGCAGCCUUCCACUGGGAAAAAUCAACCAGGUGUACAGACAGGGUCCUACAGGCAUACACAUCCUGCUUAGUGACCAGAUGGUUUACAACUUGCCCGAUGAGAGCUGCUUUUUGAUCAGCACCGUCAAAGAUGAACUGGGCGAAGGACUCCAUCUAAUCCUGAAGUAGUGAUGAGGACAGAUGGCAUCACUAAUACUCCACCCUCUGUUUUGGAGCAGAAGCCUCCCUCUGUCCCUCUCUGCCUGCCUCUACUCUUUCCUUCUACUUCCUCCCUCUCUCUCUAAACGAUUGCUCGAUGGAAAGCAGAGAGACUGCGUUAAAGCCAUGUAAAUGUUAGAAUCUGACAUGGGUGUGUCCACUGUUUCAUAUUGAAAACUCUAUUAAUGGAGGAGAUUAGUUAGAAGAGGAGAGACUGGGGGGGGAUAUGGGGUUAGGGGGAAAGAUAAUGAUCUUCUAUGUAUUUUGAUUUUAUUAUUUUAUUUUUUGUCUUUUAUAUGGUUUUUGUGUGGAGAAGGGAAGCGGGGAGGCUCCAGGAGAGAGGGGAGAGUGAUGAUUUGGUCGGCAGGAGGAGGAAAGAAAGCAGAGUUUCCUUAUUGCUCGUUGCCCUUCCCACACAACGCGCACAACCAGCACUAGGCCAGUAUUUGAUAACCUGUACUGCUGAACAGCAUGCGAUCUCAACAAUACUAACUUGCUUAAAGGAGAAUCCCAACUUACUCUGCUUGUUUAACAUUCUCUCGGGGUCGUCUUAGUAAACCAUUUAUUGAUCAGCUGAGCUUGGUAACCCCUGAAAUAUCCAGGCUGAAUUUGUGGAAGUGGCGUCAACUUUUGUGGAUGUUAGCAUCAACAUACAAAUUGUUUUUUGUUUUUGUUUUUUUGUUUUUUUUCUCGGACUUUGUCCAAUGGACUGAUUUCAUUGAUUCUUGUCACAUAGUCGUCCUAUGUGAUUUUACACUUCCAGCCAUAUCUCUCUGUCUGUUGACAUCACAGCUCAACUCUCUGAACAUACGUCCUGUUCUACCUGCGUUUUUACCGUUUUUUUCAGUUGAUGCUUUAUUUAUGGAUAAGCCGUUUCUAUCGCUCUCAUUGACUUCUGCUUUUCUGGUGCCAUAUUGGCUUUUUAGCUCAAUCUUUUACCCGCAUUCACACACACAGAGCACAUACAUCUCCCUCUCUGACUCCUUUGUUUUCUGUGCUGACUUUGAAACACUGGUUUUUAGAGGAGCCGGGGAUUCACGCCUCCUGGGACUUUGAUCGUAAAUGUGCAGAAAGAGAGGAGUAAACCUCGGUAAGAAGACUGACAUUAGGAGCAGUAAUGCCUAUCCAAAAACCUACUAUAAUGUGGACCAAACAGGUUUCAGAUUGAUAGGCUUUUUUUUUUUUCUCUUUUCUUUUUGAGGAAAAGCCUCAGUGGCUCUGUACAUCUUGGUCAUUUGAAGCAUUAAGAGAAUUGGUCAGAAGGCGAAUAAAGCCCUCAUGUAGUGGAGCUGUUUGUGCGCUGCAUGUACAGAGUAAUACACCCUCCUCCAUUCCAGGAUCCCCUCUGAGACAAACAACCCAUCACUCGUGGCAAGGCUGGUUAGAAAAUGCGUCUGUGCCGUAGCCUGGUCUUGGUAGUCUUAUCCUGUAGACUAGAAAAUCACGGCAGCUCCACGUCCGUCUUCAAAAUCUCAUGUUUUUAAUGUAGCUGAACACAGGAAGUACAGGUCAUGUGUUUUGAGUGCCCUUACUUUGAAAAGUGACAGGAAACCUCACACAGGUCGGGGAGUAGCAGGGAGAUGCUGUUUGUGUAGUUGACCCCCCCCCUUUACUUUUGGUACACGAUGUCUGGCAACAUUGAAGUGCAUACAGUUUGCACGCCUCUGAGUGUCAGAAUGUGUGUGUGUGUGCAUGUGUACAUCUUUUGUUAUUACAAAGAAAAUUAUGUCCGUAGUUGUCAUAAACUUUUUUCCUGUUGGUAUAAUGAAACUGUGUUUAGCUUGCUGUUUAGUAAAGAGCAUGUGGAAGACGGGGAAGGGAGGGAGCGAUAGUUUGGUCCUUGGUGAGUGUAAGACCCUUCCUUUUUCCAGAUGUUAGAGACCAAGCCUGCACUGAAAAAUCACAAAACUAAAGCUUGAUGUGUAGUCAGUAGUCCUACAACCACACCCUCUUCUUAUCCACCUAAUGAGAAGGAGAACAAAAGAAAAAAAAAAAGAAUGUCGAGACUAAAAAGCAUCUGUUUUUGUCUCACCACGCACCAGAGCCAGGACUCUGUGUGGUGUUUACAAGGACAGUAGUUCCACAGCACAGUAACCUGUGUUCAUCGACUCAAAAAUUAGUGAAAAUAAAGCGGAUGUGAUACCAAGUCGGGCAAGCAGUUUUGAUCCCCCUGACGGCCUGACCAAUCAUCCGUCUGUCUGUCUGUCUGUGUGAGUCAGUGAGUGUGUGUGUGUGUGUGUGAGAGAGAGAGUGUGAGGAGGAGAGGUGACCACUGUUUAUGUACAGCCCAAUGUCAAUGAUGAUGCUUCUCAUGUGCACAGUAUCGUAUGCUGGAGAUGUACACAACCACAUGUGCUGGGAAUAAAUGAUUUCAUAACUUU